UGAAGCUACAGCCUUUCAAAUGCCUUCUGCUCUUAGAAGGAUGUUUGCCACCAUUAUUGUGUUCUGUGAGUACACCAAUAUUCGUGUUCUAUGGGAUAAACAUGUGGAAGCUUUGGGUGAGGACUACCAUCGUGUGCAUGCAAACUCAGCAUAUGUUGAGCAAUUAGUGCUGCGUGACAUAGCUGAUAUUGUACGCUUUAUGGGAAAGGAUAUUAAAAGUUAUGGUCUUCCUAACAUCGAUGAAUCAGAUCACACGACCAGGGACCACUAUAGAGAGCUUACAGAGGAGAGAAAGAUUGAAGUUCGGGAUGAGGAUCUGAAAUUAAUAGAAACUCUGAAUUCGGACCAACGAGCGGGUUUUACAGAAAUACUUCAUCAUGUUGUUAAUAAUAAAGGAAAAGUCUUCUUCGUGGAUGGUCCAGGUGGGACCGGCAAGACGUACCUGUAUAGGGCAUUAUUAGCUAAGGUUCGGUCAAUGGACUUGAUUGCAGUUGCCACCGCUACGUCUGGUAUUGCUGCAUUAAUUAUACCUGGUGGUCGUACAGCUCUCUCCAGGUUCAAAAUUCCAAUCAAGCUUGAGGAAAAUUCUGUUUGCAAUUUCACAAAGCAAAGUGGAACAGCUACACUAUUGCGUGAGGCAUCACUCAUCAUAUGGGAUGAAGUUGCCAUGACACGGAGACAGUCAGUUGAAACUCUAGAUAGAUCAUUGCAAGAUAUUACUGGAAGGUUUGAGCCAUUUGGAGGCAAAGUCAUUGUUUUUGGAGGCGAUUUUAGACAAGUCUUACCGGUUGUUCCUAGGGGUACUAGAGCACAGAUCAUGGAUGCCACAUUGUUACGGUCGUACAUAUGGGACAAUAUAAAAAUUAUCAAACUACAACAGAACAUGAGAGCUCAAAGUGAUAUCUGGUUAUCGGAAUUCUUGUUACGCAUUGGUAAUGGUACUGAAGAAAGUUUCGCCAAUGACUACGUGCAACUUCCAAACGACAUAUUGAUUGAGUAUGAAUCUGAAGAAUCAAUUCACAUACUGAUUGAUCGUGUCUUCCCUGACCUUGAAUCAAAGUGGACUUCAGCAGUGUAUAUGCGUGAGCAUGCAAUUCUUUCAACAAGGAAUGAACAUGUUGACUCUCUCAACGCUUUGAUGAUUGACAAGUUUCCUGGUAAAGAAAAAGUUUACUAUAGUCACGAUUCUGUUGAUGAUGACUCCCAUAACAACUAUCCCCUUGAUUUUCUCAACUCAAUAACCCCAAAUGGCCUUCCUCCUCAUGAGCUUAAAAUAAAAAAAAUUGCCCGAUUAUACUUCUUCGCAACAUUGACCCUCAUAAUGGACUGUGUAAUGGUACUCGUUUGGUUGUCAAAGGGUUUGACAACAACGCAAUUGAUUGUGAGAUUGUGAAUGGGCAAUAUGCUGGUAACAGGAUUUUUAUACCUCGUAUACCGAUGUCUCCAUCAGAAGACAUUACACUUCCGUUCAAAUUCAAACAAAAGCAGUUUCCAAUCAG